AUGUGGGCUCAGUUCCUCCUAGGAAUGCUGACUCUAUGGCCAGCCAUUGCAGAAGAACUUCUCCCAAACUACCUGGUGACCUUACCAGCCCAACUUAACUUCCCCUCCACUCAGAAGGUUUGUUUGGACCUGAGUCCUGGGUACUAUGGUAUAAAAUUCACUAUUACUCUGGAGACCAAGGACAAGACCCAGAAGUUGCUAGAACACUCUGGAAUGAAGAAGAGGCACUUACAUUGCAUCUCCUUUUUGGUACCACCUCCUGCUGGUGGCACAGAAGAAGUGGCUACAAUCCGGGUGUCAGGUGCUGGAAAUAAAGUCAACUUUGAGGAGAAGAAGAAGGUUCUGAUUCAGAGGCAGGGGACUGGCACAUUUGUACAGACUGACAAACCUGUCUACACACCAGGGCAGCCAGUGUAUUUCCGCAUUGUCACCCUGAACAGUGAUUUUUUCCCUGUGAAUGAAAAGUACUCCAUGGUGGAGCUUCAGGAUCCAAGUAACAACAGAAUCGCACAGUGGCUGGAAGUUGUGCCUGAGCAGGGCAUUGUAGACCUGUCUUUCCAACUGGCAUCAGAGGCAAUGCUUGGCACCUAUACCGUGGCAGUGGCUGGAGGCAAAACCUUUGCCACCUUCAGUGUGGAGGAAUAUGUGUUGCCUAAAUUUGAGGUGGAAGUGGUGGAACCCAAACAGCUAUCAACAGUGGAGGAAUCUUUCAUAGUGAAAAUCUGUUGUAGGUACACCUAUGGAAAGCCCAUGCUUGGGGCAGUGCAGGUUUCCAUGUGUCAGAAGGCAUAUACCUACUGGUAUCGAGAGACAGAACAGGAACAACUGCCUGACAAAUGCAAGAAACUCUCUGGACAGACUGACAAAGCUGGAUGCCUUUCAGCCUCUGUGGACAUGUCUACCUUCAACCUCACUAGCUACAGAUAUAGCCAGAGUGUCAAUAUUGUCGCUACUGUAGUGGAGGAAGGCACAGGUGUGGAGGCCAAUACCACACAGGAGGUCUACAUUUCUUCACAGAUAGGAUCAAUGGUCUUUGAAGACACCAAUAACUUUUAUUAUCCCAAUUUCCCCUUCAGUGGGAAGAUAAGAGUUAUGGGCCAUGACGACACCCUGCUCAAGAAGCAUUCAGUGUUUCUGGUGAUUUAUGGCUUAAAUGGAACCAUCAACCAGAUUCUCAUUACUGACAACAAUGGCCUUGUUCACUUCACGCUGGACACAGUCCAUUGGAAUGGGACAGAUAUUUCUCUGGAGGGCAGGUUCCAAAUGGAAGAUAUGGUAUAUAAUCCAGGGCAAGUGCCUCGCUACUACCAGAAUGCUUACCUACAUUUGCAACCCUUCUACAACACAACCCGCAGCUUCCUUGGCAUCCAUCGGCUAAAUGGCAUCUUGAAAUGUGGCCAGCCCCAGGACGUGGUGGUGGAUUAUUACAUUGAUCCAGCUGAUGCAAGCUCUGACCAAGAAGUGGUCUUCUCCUACUAUUUAAUAGGAAAAGGGAAUUUGAAGAUGGAAGGGCAGAAACUUGUGAACUCUAAGAAGAAAGGACCAAAAGGAUCCUUCUCUCUCUCACUGACCUUCACUUCCAGACUAGCCCCUGAUCCUUCCCUGCUCAUUUAUUCUAUUUUUCCCAGUGGAGGUGUAAUAGCUGACAAAGUUCAGUUCUCAGUAGAGAUGUGCUUUGACAAUCAGGUUUCUCUUGGCUUCUCACCUGUCCAGCAACUUCCAGGAGCAGAUGUGGAACUAGAGUUGCAGGCAGCUCCCGGGUCCCUGUGUGCAGUCCGGGCAGUGGAUAAGAGUGUCACACUACUUAGACCAGAGCGAGAGCUGAGCAAUAGCUCUGUCUAUGGGAUGUUCCCAUUCUGGUAUGGUCACUACCCCUACCAGGUGGCUGAAUAUAAUGAGUGCCCAGCAUCUGGCCCAUGGGACUUUCCUCAACCCCUCAUUGACCCCGUGCCUGAAGGGCGUUGGAGCAAGAAUUCUCUUUUCUGGAAGCCCUGGUUCUCUGAAGGCACGGACCUUUUCAGCUUUUUCCAGGGUGUGGGCCUGAAAAUACUGUCCAAUGCCAAGAUCAAGAAGCCAGUAGUUUGCAGUCAGAGGUCUUCAAAAUAUGCCACUGCAAUGGGUGGAGGUGAUGGUACUCGUCGAGAGGCUUUUGGGUCAUCUUCUUCAUCACCUCAGUCAGGAGACUCUCAGGUCCGCCAGUACUUCCCAGAAACCUGGAUCUGGGAUCUGUUUCCCAUUGGUCACACCGGGAAGGAGGCUAUCCACGUCACAGUUCCUGAUGCCAUCACCGAGUGGAAGGCCAUGACUUUCUGCACCUCCCAGUCCACAGGCUUUGGUCUUUCACCCACUGUUGGAUUAACUGCUUUCAAGCCAUUCUUUGUUGACCUGACUCUCCCUUACUCAGUAGUUCGUGGGGAAUCCUUUCGCCUUACUGCCACCAUCUUCAAUUACCUAAAGGACUGCAUCAGGGUUCAGACCAACCUGGCUAAAUCAGAUGAGUACCAUGUGGAAUCCUGGGCACACUCUGAGGCCUCCAGCUGUCUCUGUGCUGAUGAAGCAAAAACCUAUCACUGGAAUAUUACAGCUAUCAAAUUAGGUCACAUAAACUUUACCAUUACUACUGAGAUUCUGGACAGCAAUGAACUCUGUGGAGGUCAGAAGGGGUUUGUUCCAGCAAAGGGUCAAAGUGAUACACUUAUCAAGCCAGUUCUGGUCAAGCCGGAGGGAGUCCUUGUGGAAAAGACACACAGCUCACUGCUGUGCCCAAAGGGUAAGGUGGCUUCAGAAUCCAUCUCUCUGGAACUCCCUGUGGAUGUUGUCCCUGAUUCAACCAAGGCUUAUGUUACUGUUCUGGGAGACAUUAUGGGCACAGCCUUACAGAACCUAGACAAUCUGGUGCAGAUGCCAAGUGGAUGUGGGGAGCAGAACAUGGUCAUGUUUGCCCCCAUCAUCUAUGUCUUGCAGUACUUGGAGAAGGCAGGGCUGCUGACUCAGGAAAUCAGAUCACGAGCAGCUGGUUUCUUGGAGAACGGGUACCAGACAGAACUGACGUAUAAGCACAGCAAUGGUUCAUACAGUGCCUUUGGGGAACAGGAUGAAAAUGGAAACACCUGGUUGACAGCUUUUGUUACCAAAUGCUUUAGCCAGGCUCAAGAAUUCAUCUUCAUUGAUAACAAGAACAUCCAGGAUGCUCUCAAGUGGAUGGCAGGAACCCAGCUUCCCAGUGGCUGCUAUGCCAAUGUGGGAAAGCUCUUUCAUACUUCUAUGAAGGGCGGUGUUGAUGAUGAGAUCUCAUUGACUGCAUACAUCACAGCUGCAUUGCUAGAGAUGGGAAAGACCAUAGAUGACUCAAUGGUGAGCCGGGGUCUACAAUGUCUCAAGAAUACUGUUACCUCCACCACCAACCUCUACACACAAGCCCUCCUAGCUUAUACUUUCUCCCUGGCUAAGGACAUGGACAUCAGGAAGAGUCUUCUUGAGAAAAUAGAUCAACAGGCUAUCAUAUCUGGAGAGUCUAUUCACUGGAGCCAGAUAUCUGCUCGGUCAUCCAAUGAAGGCUUUUGGUCUGAGCCAGAGGCUGUAAAUGUGGAACUCACAGCAUAUGUAUUGUUGGCCCAGCUUACCAAGGCCAAACUGACUCAAAAGGAGAUAGCCAAGGCCACUGGUAUAGUGGCUUGGUUGGCCAAGCAACGCAAUGCAUAUGGAGGCUUCUCUUCAACUCAGGAUACUGUAGUUGCUCUCCAAGCUCUUGCCAAAUAUGCCACCACCGCCUAUAUGCCAUCCGAGGAAGUCAGCCUGGCUGUAAAAUCCACUCAGAAUUUCCAGCAUACUUUCAGCGUGCAGACUGCCAAUCGGUUGAUAUUUCAGCAGGAGACUCUCCCUAAUAUUCCUGGAGUAUACACCUUGGAAGCCUCUGGUCAAGGCUGUGUCUAUGUUUACACGGUGCUGAGAUACAAUAUUCUCCCUCCUAAAAAUGUGGAGACCUUUAGUCUUAGUGUGGAAAUGGGAAGAGCUGAAUGUGACCAACUUACUUCACCUCGGUCCUUGACUCUUACUAUUCAAACCAGCUAUGUGGGGAGUCGUAGCUCUUCCAAUAUGGCUAUUGUGGAGGUGAAGAUGUUAUCUGGGUUCAAUCCCAUGGAGGGCAUCAAUCACUUACUUCUCCAGCAACCACUGGUGAAGAAGGUCGAAUAUGGAACCGAAACACUUAACAUUUAUUUGGAAGAACUCAGCAAGAAGACUCAGACUUACACCUUCACGAUUAGCCAAAGUGUGCUGGUCACCAACCUGAAACCAGCAGCCAUCAAAGUGUAUGACUACUACCUACUAGAUGAGCAAGCGACAAUUCAGUAUUCUGAUCCCUGUGAAUGA